AUGGACCGCGACCAGGGCUUUCAGUUCGGCAAUGAAGUGGUGGGCGGGCGCGUCCCCAGGGAAUACAUCCCGUCUGUCGAGAAAGGGGUCGUCAAAGCGCCUGACGAGGGUGCCUUGGCGGGCUAUCCCAUCGUGGAUCUCAAGGCCGUGUUGUCCGACGGAAGCUUCCACUCUGUGGACUCGUCGAUGUCUUCAGUCCUUCGAGAUUGCCAGCAUCCAGGCCUUGAAGAAGGCGUCAGUGACGCCAGCCCGAUAUUGCUGGAGCCGGUGAUGCGUCUUUCGGUGACAGUCCCCGAUGGCUUUACAGGCGAGGUGAUGAGUGACCUGAACGGCAAGCGCGGCCGUAUUCUCGGAAUGAACCCCGAAAACCGCGUGACGAUCAUUGAAGCUGAGAGUGGACGUCUGAGCCGUCUGCGCGGGGACUCACGCCCAGAGUACCUCCGCUCCCUGACCCAGGGCCGCGGCUCCUACUCCGAAUUUGACCACUACGAGCCCGUCCCGCGCCUAACCUGUACCUGGAGCGCCCGAGAAAGGUCAUAG